CCUUCGUCUGCCAUCGACGCCGCCCCCUCACCAUCACUUCUGACGCUGGAGACAUCGUGUCGCGCUUGCUCGCGCACUCUUCUUGUCCCGCGUCCCUUUUUUCCCGUCCGAAAUUACCCCGUUGUGCCCUGCGACACCUCGUCAUAAACGUGGAGAAACGGACCCCCUCGCCCGCCCCAGAACCGGGGAUUUCGAGCGACCAUGUCGCUCGCUCAACACCACGCCUGGCUGCCACCAGGACAUCUCCGGCCUCCCGAUGAUCAUAACGACGUGCGCUCCGUCAAUGGCCUUCCAAAACCUCCCCAGCGCCCCCGGACGCCUCAGACGCGGGUCUCCGUCGGCGCGGAUGGGUCCCAAACGGACAAUUUGAUAUCGGAAAGUGACACCGCGCCGGACGAAGAUCCACGCAUCGCCAUGUUCCGUGAGCUGUACAAAAAGAGCGAGGCGAAGAUUGGAACACUGUUUAGCAAGGAAAAAGCCGAUGCUGAAUCUAGGGAUGUCGGACCGGCCACCAACGAUGAACCGGAAACCGCCGCCGCACGCGCCAAGGAGGAGGACGCGCCUGCAACGACUGCUCCUAAAAAGUCGGCGAGAAAGAUAGAUGAAGAUGACUACGAUGAAUAUGAUGAGGAGGAGGAGGAGCAGGAGCAGGAGGAGGAGGAUGAUGAGGAUAUAGGACCAGUCGCAUCUCCAGUCAAGGUCGCGUCGGCAGCUGCCGUUCUGGAGUCGAGUGCGGACCCAUCCCCUGGCCAUCGGCCUAGCAUCGCAACCGCAGAUAGCUUGAAGGAUAUCAAAAAGGAGACGGUGGAGGAGAUUCGCAAGAAGCUCGAGGAGGACAAGAAAGCUACGGAAGAGGCUGCAAAGAGGAGCUUCCAUACAAUGUUUUACACCUUGGAAAAUGAUAGGGACGCUAUGCUAGAUCAGCAACGGCUAGAGGAGUCUGAAAGACAAGUCGAGGCCGAGAUGUCUGGCCAAGGUGUCACCGCUGGUGCGAACACCACCAACACCGGAACGAAUGGCUAUGGUUCUUUGAGUAGCGCGAAUCUUGGUGCUUCGAGUCUGACCCUGAAGAAUUUGAUUGCUCGCAUUGACAUGAAGCGGAAUAUGGUGCAGGCCUCUGAUGCGGAACUUCGGAGUCUGAUGAGCGAGGUUCGCAAAAAUCGAAGUAAAUGGGCUAGCGAGGAUAAGAUUGGUCAGGAGGAGCUGUACGAAGCGGCGGAAAAGGUGCUCAGCGAGCUGAAAGCCCAGACGGAACACUCAACUGCUUUCCUAACCAGGGUGAACAAACGAGAAGCACCUGACUAUUACAACAUCAUUAAACAUCCCAUGGAUCUGGGGACGAUGACCAAAAAACUCAAAGCACUGCAGUAUAAGUCGAAGCAGGAGUUUGUCGACGAUCUAAACCUUAUUUGGGCAAACUGUCUGAAGUAUAACGCUAAUCCUGAUCAUUUCCUUCGCAAACAUGCUCUGUAUAUGCGUAAGGAGACAGAGAAGCUUGUGCCCCUGAUCCCUGAUAUCGUAAUCAGAGAUCGGGCGGAAGUCGAAGCAGAAGAGCGUCGACAGCAACUCGCAGAGAUGGACGGAGCCGAGGAAAGUGACGACGAACCCAUCAUGUCAUCUAGAGGUAGAAAGGCACCUGGGAAGACAUCCAAAAAAGGCGCUGGACCCUCUCGCGAGACUCCGCAGCCUUCUGAAGGUCCACAGGGACCUCCUCAAGCCCAGUCAAACGCUUUUGUGCGUUCGGAUUCCGAUGCUGCUAUGGAUGGGAGCCAGAACGGAUUUGCGACACCACCCCCUGGCACUCUAACACCCCUUGAUGCCGCUGGAGGUGGUGCACCAGGGAGUCAGACUGAUGCAAUGGAUAUUGAUGGUUUUGGCCCUUCCAGUACCGUUCUCAGCGCCUUGUCCGCUCCUGGUAUCGAUGCUGAAGACCCAGAAUAUAAGGUCUGGAAGCAAGUCACCAAGAAAGACCGCGCUCUUAUUGCAGCGGAGAGACAUCGCUUAUUCAAGGGUGACAAGCUUAAUUCCGAUGAGCCAGCUCUGCUUCGGACAAAGGCCGGGAUGAGAAGAUGGCUCAGGAACCAAAAGCGUGCGGCUGAAGGAGAAAAGACUCAGGAGUCGAAUUCUCAGGCCCUGGAACCAGUUGCAGCCGGCGAGACCCUCGCGGAAGGGAUAGAAGUUGAAGACAAGGUUAUUCCGGACUAUUACGAUGUUAUGUCGGGUAUUCCUGACCUUCCUGACCAUCUUCUAUGGCGAGAAGAUGCUGAAGGCAACGUCGUUGAUGCCUCGGAAGAGUUCCUCCGGAUUCUCCCCAAGGGCUCCUUUACCGCUCCCGAUAGCAAGUUGUCGCGGAAGAUGGACGCCAACAUGCGACAGAUGCAGGAGACACGGAAGAUCUGCUCCAAAAUUGGUAUCGUAAAGCAGAUGCAGCUCCAAUCUCAAAUGUACCAAAAUCAGUUCCAGAAAUACAACCCAGAACCAUUUGUGGAGCAGGAUGUUCCAACUCAUGUUAUGAACGACGAAGGACCAGUAAUAGCUCCUUGGGUAUGCAAAGCUGCACUGCAACGGUCUGUUGGAAAGUUAUUCUAUCACGCCGGUUUCGAGGAGUACCAACCGUCGGCCCUGGACGCAGUUACCGACAUCGCCUCUGACUUCUUCAAGAAGAUCGGCGAGACAUUCAAAACUUACAUGGAAGCCCCGAAAGUUCCAGUUUCGGAUCCUCUGGAUACUUCUGCGCCAUCGGCUACUCAGUUUAAGCCUGCAUACACGGAGCAAGAAAUUAUUCUCCAUACCCUCUCAUCUGUCGGAAUAGAUGUCGAAUCAUUGGAGUCAUACAUCAAAGAUGAUGUGGAGCGCUUGGGCACGAAGCUCGGUGUUGUCCAUGAUCGUUUGAGGGCCCAUCUGACAGAGUUGCUCCGUCCCGCUCUCGCAGAUGGCGGUGCUGAUGGCUCCAAUGCCUUCCAUGACGGUAGCGAACAGUUCAUUGGCGGUGAUUUCGCUGAAGACAUCGACGAAGACUUCUUUGGUUUCAAAGAACUGGGACUGGACAAGGAAUUCGGACUCUCCAGUCUCAGUGUACCACUUCAUCUGCUCCAGAACAGGAUGUAUAAUGCGGCACAGGCCCAGAAUACGAACGCAUCGCAAGCAACAUCGACGCUCUUUCCCCCUCCUCCGCCAUAUCCGCGCAUAUCGCUUCAGACCUUGUCGGAUCAGAUUGGCUUGGUUCAAAACUUCUUUCGCAGCAAAUUACAAGCGAACAAUGAUGAGCCACUCGUUGAAGAUCUGGAACUACCGCCCAAACAGAGACCCACGGUCGCUAGGCCUCGUCUUCCAGCCUCAGGAAAGAUCACUGCGCCUUUGAAUCUUGCUAGACCUACAAACAGCCCCCAGAAGCGACCACUUCCAGCUUCAGCUCCCAACCAGGCAGCUUCUGCGAGAGGUAGCAUAUCAGAGCCGAGCAAGAAGAAAGUGAAGAAGAACAGCGGCGCGGCGGGCAUAGGCGGAUCCAACGCGGAUGCACCAGGCGAGGAAAUGCCGGUCGCGGAUGAUAUGACGAGCCCGACAGCAACCAAGUCAGUCUCUAAGCUGAAGCUAAAUGUUCCCGGUGUGAAUGUGGCCUCUGCCGCCACUUCCUUAGACAACAGCAGCGCGAAAAGUGGUCUAUCUGAUUCCUUUGGUGGAGAAGGCAGCACCAACUCGCAUUCCGGUAAAGUGAACGGCACAUCUGGCCAGAUGACUAACGGGACAGUCGCCGAUUCAUCCACGGCGACUGCUGGAUCUAACGUCGAUGGUUCUGGCAACCAUGGCGCUGGUAUGAUCAGUCCCGAAAGUAUCGAUGGCCCGUCGUGAUCUUUUACAUCUACCUCAUUUCCGUUUUCCCUAUCUUCGACAUUUGUGUUUUAUCUCUCCUUUUCUUUUUGGCCACUGGCAGGGUGCUGUAUACAUGUUGGGUUUAUUUUCCAGUGGACG